CAAUGCUACUUGAGAGUCAACAAAAGCAAACAAAAUGGCCGGCCAUUGAACUUGUACGCGAUUUUCUUCUUCCACGAGGUGUUUUCAGGAUCAUUUGUGUUAGUGUAGAUUAUUUCUUAACAAUUAGAGCUGCUUAUCUUUAAGUUCUGGGAAUAUUCAAAGAAAGGAACCUUGUCUUAUUUAUUUUCUUACAAAGGAUCCCAAAUUGUCUUCGCAGAUUGAAGCCAGGAUGGCCUAAAUUUUGAAUGUUUUUGGUGAGUGUUCCAGAUGCCAGCAUAAAUAACGAAUCAUUUACAGUUUUCAUCUUUUGAAUAUGAGCGAUAAUAUUGCUGUUCAUUCUGAUAAGCAUUUCGAGUAUCUUAUGGAGGAUUCGGAAAAUGAAACACUUGGGUUGGGAAAUAUUCAACGUGAUGUCGGCAGACCUGUGUCAUCGUCAACGGACACUAAAUCACAAAAGUUUGACAUGUUAACUUUAGGAGAAGGCAAGAGUGCUGAUAUCGAGAGUCAUUAUGAAGUGGAUGAAAACACAGAUAUAAAGUUUGUAAAUAAAGAGAGAAGUAGCAUGUUGGAAACAGCUGUCGAUGAAGAUAAUAUUCAUGUUGAUAGGGAUGACGAAGUUGAUAGACUAGAAGAGUUGAAAAGACAUUAUAAGAAGUUAGAGGAAGACUUUGGAAAUAUGGAAAGAACAGGAGUCGCUGAUUCAUUAGAAAUGCCAGAUUUCGGACACGAACUGGAAGGCAAUGAGCCCCCUUUUCAUUUUGAUCAAGAUGGUUAUUUAUCACAUGCUGGUGAAAGUCACUUUCAGAAGCAAGAAAAUGUUCAAGAUAAUCAUAAUGAUUUGGGUAAUCAAAGGAAAAGACAAGUUGAUCUUGGUGAAGAUACAGCCAGGAAAGAUUUUAACCCAAAACCAGGUUUCAAAUAUAAAGAGCCUGUUCCAAAAUUUAUUGCUAAAAAUAGGAUAAAGGUUGGUAAAAAAAGUCAAGGUUCUUAUUGUCAGAAGUUCUUGUCAGAAAAAAGAGGGUCAAAUGAGAUAGAAAACAGAGCAGGUGACAAUACUUCUUGUCUACCUUUGCAAAGUAACAGAAGUGACAUUUUACCAAUUGAAAAUUAUGAAUUGAAACAGAAAAGGGAUAUUGGAUUAAUUAUGCAGCCAGAAGUAAGGAAUAAACAUUUUGUUGAAUAUGAAAAUGAUUUUGUUCCAAAGGAGAGAAAUACUCAUGUCAUGAUGCCACAAAAUCCGACAGACACAAACAGGUUUGGAGAAGAUAUUCAGAUUUCCAGGCUUGACAAUAUGAUUAAAGAGGAAGAAUUAAACUUGAAAAAUAACAUUUUAGAUUCUUCUAUGCCGCAUAUUGUGGAUGAUUAUAACUCAGAAAUGCAAUAUUCAUCAGGUUAUUUACAAGCUGGAUCUUACCCAAUCCAAAACAAAUGUAGCGUAACAGAAAAUGUAGAACCAAUGUUGCACCAGUGGACAAACCAUCUAUCUAUUCAAAAAGAAGAAGAUACCAGGAACUCAAGUUAUGCAAAAAGACAUUAUCUUAAUAUUGACAAGCAAAACACAUCACCAAAUGAUGGCCAGACAAGUUAUGCUGCCCAGCAUCUUGGCAAAAAGAAGGAAGUUUCAUAUAAAAAAUACAGCUUGAAAGAUUACAAAGCAUUGAAUAAAGAAAUAAAGCUUCAAAGAUCCUUAGGACCUGACAAAGCAUCUGAAGAAUAUUUGGAGAAGAAAUCAAGAGCAGAUAAGCUGAAAGAUUAUGCAUCAGCUGUUUCAUCAUAUAACAAACAGCGGCUGGUGGUGAAGAAAGCCAAGUCAGCCCCUAUGCCAACAAUCAAAGAUCGCCAGUUGGAGUCAAAAAGAACAGCUGCACUGGAAUAUGCAAGAAGCAUUAAAAUUGGGAAAGGAACCAGAAGACUUUCAAAUGGACAAGACCAAGUACGAUCUUCAUCUGAAAAGAGUGACAGGGUUUCAGCAUUAGAGAUCAUGAAGCAAAGACAUGAAACUGAGAAACUAGCUAUUGAGAAAAUGAGGCAAAACCUUGCUAAUAUAAUCAAGGAAGUAAAGUCAUAGAUGACUUUUCCCAGUAUCUUUUGUUCAUAGUAUAUAAAUAUUACCAUAAAUAAAUCAUUAUAUACAGUUCAAAUCUGUUAUAAGUUGAA